UUACUUUGAAAAGCUUAACAGGAAACAAACACGGAUGUUAGCUUUUAGCUAAACUUACCGAGUUGUCAGUUCACCAAAAACACUUUAGCUGUUUAACUGAAAAUGUUCCGGAUGUAGAACAGAAAGUCAUGAUUCUGCCUGGAAACUGAAGAAGAAGAAAACCUCUACUUCUUGGUGAAGAAGAUGAUUAUUGUGCAGUUUCUUCCGUCCUCAUUCAUCUGAGAAUGCUGCUUCCUGCUGUUUUAUGGUGUUUUUGAAACGUGGAGCUUCUCUGCAGCCGAUCCGUGGAGACAUCAUGGACAAACCGAGCCGCUUGUCUGGACUCUACCGGAUCAGUGAGACUUCCAAGGUCUUCUCCUCGGUGGGUCAGGCCAUGGAGGUUCUGCAGGGCCUCAACGAGCAGCGGAAACAGAAGCAGUUCUGCGACGUGGUGCUGGUCGCGGAUGAGCAGCGAGUUCCAGCGCACAGGGCUCUGCUGGCCGUCUCCAGCGCUUACUUCCACGCCAUGUUCACCCUGGGGAUGAAGGAGGAGCACCAGCUGGAGGUGGAGCUGGUCGGCAUGUCCUACGUGGGCCUGAAAGCGGUGGUGGACUUCCUGUACAGCGGCGAGCUGAUGCUGGAUGGAGGCAACUUUGACUGUGUGCUGGAAGCUGCUCACCUCCUGCAGGUGUGGCGAGCCGUGGAUUUCUGCUGCCAGUACCUGGAGCGGCAGGUGAGCGAGGACAACUACCUGUACCUGCAGGAGCUGGCGCAGCUCUACAGUCUGGAGCGGCUGGACGCCUUCAUCGACCGCUUCAUCCUCGCGCGCUUCGCCACGCUUUCCUUCACUCCGGAUUUCCUCCGAAACGUCACUCUACACAAGCUGGCGUCCUACCUGUCCAGCGGCCAGGUGCAGCACGAGAGCGAACAGGCCCUGCUGCAGGCCGCCCUGCAGUGGCUAAGCCACGCCCCUGAGCGGACCGCCCACGCCGGCCAGAUCCUCUCCCACGUCCGGUUCCCGCUGAUGCCGGCGGGCGAGCUGGUGAGCCGGGUGCUGCCGGCGCUGCGCGCUCUGCUGCCGCAGGAGACGGGCUGCGAGGCGCUGGUGGAGGAGGCGCUGGGAUACCACGCCAGGCUGAGCGCCCAGCCGCUGCUCCAGAGCCCCAGGACGGCGCUGAGGGGGGGGGCGGAGCAGCUGCUGCUGAUCGGAGGAGAGGUGUUCGAGCGCGGGGAGGAGCUGAGCUCCAAAGUCUGCCGGCUGGACGGCGAGACGGGCAUCUGGGAGGUGGAGACGGAGCUGCCCGCCCAGCGGAGCCACCACUGCCUGGCGGUCCUGGGGGGGUUCAUCUUUGCCGCCGGCGGCAGCUCCUGCAGGGACAACGGAGGGGACGCCGCCUGUAACCUGCUGUACCGAUACGACCCCCGACACAACCAGUGGAGCCGGGGGGCGCCGAUGAACCAGCGGCGGGUGGACUUCUACCUGGGCGCCGUGGGGGAGUGUCUGAUCGCCGUGGGAGGGAGGAAUGACACCGGAGCCCUGUCCUCCGUGGAGGUGUACCGCCCGGCCGAGGACUGCUGGUCCUACGUGGCGAGUCUGCCCAGCUUCACGUACGGACACGCCGGGACAGUCCAUCACGGUGUGGUCUACAUUUCCGGCGGUCACGAUUACCAGAUCGGGCCGUACCGCCGAGACCUGCUGAGCUACAAGCCGUCGCGUGACGGCGCCGUGUGGGCGGAGUGCCAGCCCAUGUCUCUGGCCCGCGGCUGGCACUGCAUGGCCUCGCUCAAGCACCUGAUCUACGCCAUCGGGGGCAGCGACGACCACGCCGACACCACCGAGCGCUUCGACAUCCUGCAGGCCGAGUCCUACGACCCCGGCAGCGGCCAGUGGACCCAGGUGGCGCCGCUGCUGCUGCCCAACAGCGAGGCGGGCCUGGCCAUCCGGGCGGGGAGGAUCUUCGUGCUGGGGGGCUACAGCUGGGAGAACAUGGCGUUCUCCAGAGUCACCCAGGUGUACGACCCCGACAAGAACUGCUGGUCCAGAGGGCCGGACCUGCCCAAACGCACCGCUGGAGCGUCGGCGUGCGUCUGCACCGUGAAGCCUUCGCCGCCGUCAGCCUCAGUAGAGAAGAAGAAAACCGGACGAGACGCCAGAGGGAGAGCUGGAGCGACGUAACGGCACGGCGGAGGGAAAACUGGAAGAUUUUCUAAACGAUCGUGGGAUUAACGGACAGUUUCUCAGUCUUUGAUCACAUGACGCUGGAUUUAAAGUCUGUCUCUACAGUCGGGAACGAUCCCGGCGGUGUCGAGGUCGUCACAAAUGCAGGUUCUUUUAAAGAGUUUUCUAAGGUUUUCUAUGUUUUGCAUUUUGUUGUUUUGACUCCACAUGGAAUCACACGUGUGUUACGAAUGUAAGCGUUUGAUCUGCAGAGAAAAGAGUUUCUGUUACAAAUGACGACACUCCUCUGGCAAAAGGAUCGAAUGUUUUAAUGUGACGAUCACUGUUACACAAACAGCAUGUCGGCGUGCUCUCUACUGGAAUAAUUAUGAAAAGUCUGAUGUUUGCUAAAGUAAAGCUGUUCAGAUCCUCUCA